GCCGUUCCGGGAAUCAUGUCAUUGAUGUCCAGAUUUUGGGCAAUUGGAGACGCGCUCGUCCGAUUUUUAACCGGGGUGGCCCCUCUUCGAUCGUCCAAUGGGUCUGUUUGGGUCGUAAGAAUGCAUGAGCCUUCCCUGGGCGGGAAGGGGACUAUAAAUAGCUACAUAAUGUACAAGACUGUCGUACCAGGGGCUUCCCCGCGUACCCAGGGGAGUCCGCAGACAUCCCAACAGCCGGCCGAUCCAGGCCAUUCCAAAGGUGUGGGUGGGUGGGAAAACGCUGUAGAGUGACUCUGUAUGAUCUCGAGGGGUUGGAGCAGUGAUAUGUCGGGUUGAGGGUUCUAUCUCCCUCAACGGAGCCCUAGAUCACUGCUCUCUGCUGUCACGUGACCGACCAAUUCUCAUCUAGCGCUUCUCCGGACCACCCCGGAGCAGUGCGAAAAUGUUGCACGGUCGGAACCAAGCACCUUUCAGUCAGUGGUAAAGACAGGUAUGUGGUCUUUUCUCGCCAAGAUUGCCGAAAUCACCGAAACCACCCGUAAAUUGAUGAUGGCGUGUUCGCAAGCACUAUACGAUCCAGCCGUGGAAAGCAUUUCGGUCUCAAUGUUCAGCGUCAAUGGCUUGAACGUCCGAGAGUGCGCCUCAACCAUGCAUGUGACAACGCAUGUGCGAAUCGCACUAUAUGCG